GGGAACUCGCACACGAGCCGCUCGCGUGCAGCUCGGGCAGUGUGGAUAAAGGCCGAGGAGCUGGAGUCCGGAGCGGACUGACGGCUGCUGAGAGCCUGGCGACCGGACAGGAGCCGCUUGUCACCAGUAAACCGCUCUGCGUGCCAGGAGAAGGCGGGACUCGCCCUCACAGGACUGGACUGACUUGUUUCUGUCAUCAAUAAAGUUUUUUGUUCGGACUGUUUCUAACCUCGAGCGCCAAGAUGCCAGCCGGAACUUUAGAGAGGACGUCUCCCUCCUCUGUGGCUGCCACCCCGGCCAGCGGGGUGUCCACACCCGAAAAGCCCCGCACCCUGUCGGAAAGCAGAAAGUCCUCCAAGCCCAUCAUGGAGAAGCGGAGACGAGCGCGCAUCAACGAGAGCCUGGGCCAGCUGAAGACCCUCAUCAUGGACGCUCUCAAGAAAGAUAGCUCCAGACACUCCAAACUGGAGAAGGCGGACAUCCUGGAGAUGACAGUGAAGCACCUCAGGAGCCUGCAGAGACUCCAGGUGUCCGCUGCUGUGAACACGGACCCAUCCGUGCUGUCUAAGUACAGAGCCGGCUUCAGCGAGUGCGUCGGAGAGGUCACCCGCUUCCUGUCCACGUGUGAGGGGGUGAACACUGAGGUGAGGACUCGCCUCCUCGGCCACCUGUCGGCCUGUGUCACCCAGAUCAACGGCGUCAGCUUCUACACACCUCACCCAGCAGGUGCGCUGGCGGGCACGCAGAUCCCGGCUGCGCCCGCGCCGCUCGUGCCCUGCAAGAGCGGCGCGUCCAUGCGCGUCUCCCCGGACGCCGUGAAGCUGUACGGCGGCGGCUUCCAGGUGGUGCCCACCCCGGAUGGACAGUUUGCUUUCCUCGUUCCCAGCGCGGCCCUCGUGCCUCUGAGCGCACAGAGCAGCCAUCACAUGUCACCUGUUGCACCGGCGCUCACGUCAGACUCUGUGUGGAGGCCGUGGUAGGACACCAGGCCGAGGACGGACUAUCACACGAUGAAACACAUAUUUUUGUACAUUUUGUAAAUGUUUUCUAUGCCCACCUGAGAGGGAUGUUUACACACAUUUGUGUUUUGUUUUGUUUUGUUUUUUUUAAUAUGACAUGGACAUUAGAUGUUCUUGCCUCUUUGCUCGCUGUGAUUUUCUCUGAUGUUGUUAUUGGGCUCCGGAGGUCGUGAGGAUCUUGAAAGCUCUUGAAAAGCACUGUAUUUUUUGUGAGAUCAAUAAAACGUGUCUGUG